GCCAUUUUGCUGCACACAGAUCUGAAACGCCGAGUUGAUUCCUCCGGCGGCUCCGCGCGCGCCUCAUCUACAGUACACAACACUUCAGAGGCGAGAUCCCCCUGUUCCGGACGGAACUCCGGCCUCCGCGCUUUCCCAGCGCAUCGUUUCCGCAAACUGAACCCGGUACCGGAUGAAAGGACGAAAAUGAAUGGAGGGAUGUUUUUUCUUCUUCUUCUACAGUUGAAGACUUCACGUAAUUGGGACUGAACAGCUCUGCGUAAUUGGCCAGCGGAAGUUUGUGAGCCAGCGCGCGCUGUCCAAGCAACUUUGCCAAGGAACAGGCGCGGGAGUUUCGCGGAGCGUGGAGGUCUAUUUUUAGACACGUUUAGUGUUUAUUUUAUUUUAUUUUUUAAAAAAAAACAGGCUAGUGAAAUACAGGUACAGAAGAAGAAAAUACUUUAGACAUACUGGCCAAUAUUUAUCCGUAGGUGAUGCUUUUUCUCGGGAACGUUUUAGCGCAAAGCAAAAGAUCCGCCUUUGACGCCGGGGGUUUUAUUUCUGCCAAUGGAGCGCAAAUGAGACGGCUAUUUGCACUGUUUGAUUGACAGCUCGACGACAGGAUGCGGGAGAGGGAGCUGCGGUGCGUGGGCAGGAGAUUGCUAUUGCUUGGCGUCUGCCUGCUGUCUCUGUGGGGGCAGCUGAGCCUGGCCUCCUCACACCGCAGCCACAUCGUACAUGUCAAGGCAGGAACCUGUGAGGUCAUAGCAGCGCAUCGUUGUUGUAACAAGAACAAAAUCGAAGAGCGUUCUCAAACUGUCAAGUGCUCCUGCUUUCCCGGACAAGUCGCCGGCACCACCAGAGCAGCCCCCUCCUGUGUGGAUGCAUCUAUAGUAGCCCAGAAGUGGUGGUGCCAGAUGCAGCCCUGUAUGGAGGGUGAGGAAUGUAAGGUGUUGCCAGAUCUUAAGGGUUGGAGCUGCAGCACUGGGAACAAAGUCAAGACAACCAGGGUCACACGGUAGUCUGGGAUAAGGAUAUCUGGGACUCAUCAUCUUCUUCUUAGAUCAUAUUAUGGAAAUGCAGGAACCAGGAUUUGAAGACUGCUUGAGGACAGUGGAAAUUAUGUAUUUGGAUUUCAGUGGAAUACCGAUAUCCUUAUAAAUGGAAACUUUCAAACAGAACUUCUUUGCUUUCUUUGGGCACCCUUCCAAACUUCCAUCCCUGUUUUAUAACUAGUGGACAAGGAAUUCCAUCAUGUAAAAUUUCAUGUUCACCAAGAUCUUGACAUAUUGACAAUAAAACAAGAUACUAUUCCAGAGAUGCCGUGACACUCUGCAGAACUACAAACAACAUUUUCUUUCUUUCUUUUUUUUGAGAGUACAUCAGGCUUGAAAAGUUCAUUAACUCUUUGAAGUGUAUGUGUUCCAGAACUGAUUGUGUUCCCUUCUCCAUCCCUUAAUGCUAACAUUUCUUUCUUCUUUUAUAGGAAGAUUUUUUGUGAGGUGUUUACUUUUAAGGACAAACCCAGAGCAUUUGUGUUUUGAAAUGAACUUGUGCCAUUGAAAGUACAUUAAGUAUUAAAAAAAUUAUAAGAAGUCUAAACAAUAAUGGUUGGAGUUUGGCAGUGGUCCACUGGAAAUUAGUAUAACUUUGCAAUCACAGAUUUGCUGUUUGUUUAACAAAAAAAAAAAAGUGACUGCUAUUGAGUAAAAAGUGUAAGUAUUAUCUUAAAUAAAAGUGUCUCUAUGGGAAACCUCCACACACUAUUUGAAAGAGUUUAAAAGGUACACAAAACAGCUAUUGGAAGCAGCUAUUUUUAAAUGUAUUGCAAUGCCAUGCUGCAUUAAGAUGCAUAGCCACUUUCAUAGACUCAUGAUCUGAUGCUACUGUUUUUCAUAUACAGUAAUAAAUGUCAUUUAACUGUCAAGAUUAUCACAAAAUUAUGCUAAUAUCCUAAGGAAGACUGGCACACAUUAUUUCUGAGAUAUGCUCUUUGCAGACACUACUUUGUCAGUCUAAGAUUCGCAAAGUGCUUAUGCAGCUAUCACAGAGCACUUAAGACUAAAUUGUGGAAGACAGAGGUAAGGCUAUUAGCAUAAUACCAUUAGACAGUACUUCUGCCUGGCUAAUUUACCAUUAGAAUUACCAACGGUGGAAUGAGGAGAGCACUUGGAAGUAAGUCAACAUGUCAUUUGCUGAGAGGACCAAAGUGACGCAAACGAUACCCCUCAACAUGCCAUAAACAUCAUUUUCAGGUACUAAUGUGCUAAUGUGUUGCCCUAAAUCACAGACUAUGCACAAGCCUAGCAUUUAAAGGAUAUGCGAUAAGCAAGGAGUAUUCACAAUUUAUUUAAUUGUUUGCUUGUGUGUGGAUAUGUGUGUUAGCGUGUAGGAGCACCAGAUGACUCAGUUUCCAUUUGUAUUCACAGCAGAAUUCAAAGAGUUGCAAGGGUCUUGACUUUCCUUAUAGCGCACUCACACAUCUCUCCUUCAUUUGUUCUUGAGGCUUUUCACCACACAUCAUUUGUAGCAGCCAAAAAAAGUGCAUUUUGUAUGCCUGUAAAUCCCGAAUGCAUAUUAAAGACACCAAUAAGAUUAGAAAGGCUAAUCAAACUCCAGCAGUGGAAAGUAUUUGAGUGGUCUCAGGGAGGCUACAGUGACUGGGGAGAGACGCGUCAGUGCUUUGGGGACAAGGAUUAACCAUUCCCUUCGAUGUUGGGUGUCUUUGAGUCUUAAUCUAUUUGAGACAAGGGUGGACACAGCAUACCCUAACAUCACAGAACUCUUGGGUAUGCGUGAAAGCUCACACAUUGUCAUUCCAGGAAUCCUUAUCUGCAUGCAGUGCUUUCUCAGGUGUCUGGUGAGGAAGCUGUGAAGAGGAUUGGGUCUGCAGGUCUCCAGGCUAGGAAUGGAGAUGGAGAGAGCACAUGCAGGUUAGGGAUCUGUUUGUUAUUGCCCAAUGUUACUUUUCCAACCGCCAUGGCCAAACUGCUUUCCCCCAAAUAUGAAUUGCAAUGCAGAUAUUUAAUAUAGGAAUACAAUACAAAUGGAACAGUGGUUCUCUCUCUCUCUCUCUCUCUCUCUCUCUCUCUCUCUCUCUCUCUCUCUCUCUCUCUCUCUCUGUCUGUGUGUGUGCGUGUUCAUGAGGCAUGUAAAGUGAGAGCAGUUAUAUUUUGGAUGAUUUUGAACAGGAUUUAUUUGCUAUUUUACUGUGUCUAGACACAAACCAAAUGCUUCAUUACGAUUAUAUUUGUUUCUGUGCAUCACAUUUUGUUGGUGACAAAAUGUUCCAUCGUAAGUGCAGUUAAGGGAUUUGAGAAUAAGUGUGUUUCACCACAAUAUGCUUUUCAUGUCCCUUGUUCGUCCUUCAUGCCAUAAGAGGGAUAUGUUUUAAAGUGGAGAGAGUUAAAGGGAGAUUAGUAUAUUCCAUGUUUAUAAAGUAGCAUCUUACCAUCCCUGUCAUUUCUGAGACCUGCAAAAUAGUUUGUGUUCAUUCACAAUGUGUCAGGUAAUUAUGGGUUGUAGGGAACUACUGAAUAUAAUUUUGUAUGUAAAGCCUAUAGGCUGUUUCCUCAUCAGGCUCAAUACAUGUAAUAUUUCUUCCCAUUUUGAUACAAAGACAGGAUUUUCACUUUCACAUUUUUUGUCUAAGAAAAAAAUGUUAAAUAUGUCAAACUGUCUCAAAUCAAUUAUUGGUAAAAAUAAAGGAGAAUUGUAAUCUGUUACUUAUAUUAUACAUCUCUAAUAAAAGGUAUAAAAGUUA